GUGACCACAUGUUACCAUGUUAUCAAACACAUGGUAAAACGGUCGAAUAUUUAGAAAAAAGAAACCUGCGCUACAGCUAUAAAUGCUUUCUCACCUUCGACGCGUCGGAUUGUCCCUGAACCGCCAAAUUCGGAAAAACAUCGCAUUCAAUUCCACUGGCAGAAUGAGUAGCACCUGUGGCUCAGACACGGACAUCGUGUGGAUGGACUUGGAGAUGACCGGGCUGGACAUUGAAAAGGACAAAAUCCUGGAGGUGGCCUGCAUCAUUACGGACCAGGACCUAAACGUGAAGUCCGAGGGACCAUGCUUUGCCAUCAACCAUCCGCAGGAGGUCUACGACUCGAUGAACGAGUGGUGCAUGGAACAACAUUACAAAUCAGGUCUUAUUGAUCGAUGCAAGAGCUCGGAUGUGAAGCCCGAAGAAGCCUCCAAUCUAGUGCUAUCCUAUAUAGAGAAGAACAUACCAAAGGGCGCCUGUCCGCUUGGCGGAAACUCCGUCUACACCGACCGACUAUUCAUUAUGAAAUUCAUGCCAUUGGUAAAUGAUUACCUGCAUUACCGCAUCGUGGAUGUGUCCACCAUCAAGGAACUGGCCAAGCGAUGGCGUCCCGAAAUCCUGGCUUCCGCUCCCAAAAAAAUUUUCACGCAUCGUAGCCUGGACGACAUCCGGGAAAGCAUCAAAGAGCUUGCGUAUUACAAAGCGAACUUAUUUAAAUAAAUUAAAUCAAGAAUUUUAAGCACACUAGGAUUGUUAAGCGUGAAGUUAGGCUUAUAUUAUUGUCAAAUGCAUUAUGUUAAAAAUAGAUGUACAAUAUCGUUUACUGUAUUUUCCGUAUAUGCACGGAGAAACAGAACUCUAUCAUGAGAAAUAAAAAUACGAUAGCAAUAAAGAA